AUGGGAAUGACCCAUGCAGACGCCUUUUGGUUCGCCAAACAUCACUUCAGAAGGGAUACUCUAGUUGCUGCGCGAAAACUAGUGAACAACGUAAGAAGAGAAUUGAACAAACAAAUGAAUGAUUCAAAUUGGUUGUCCAAUGAUGCUAAAAUAGCCGUUCAAGAGAAGCUCAAGAAGAUAAAAAUCUUGAUUGGAUUCCCAUGGUGGCAUAAAAAUCGAACGGCAGUUGAAUAUCAUUACGAAGGGCUAACGAUUGGUGACGACUACGUGGCUAAUGUCCUGAGUUUUCGGAAAUAUCAGAAACGGACCGGCAUUCGUGUAUUCGCCGGACGGGAGCGACAGGAUGGGUGGACAACGUCUCCGCUGGGGACCGGCGCUGGUUAUGUGUUUGAUGUCAACAUCGUUAAUGCACCAGCUGGUACGUUCCAGCCACCUUUCUUCAGCUCUAAAUUACCUGACUACGUACACUACGCAAUCGUGGGGAUGAUUGUGGGUCAUGAAAUGGGUCAUGGCUUCGAUAACACAAGAAUAACAACCAACGUCAGUGGCUUCCACAAUAUGCUCAACCGCGACAUAUUGGCUAAAUAUCGUGAACAAUAUUCUUGCAUUGAGAGACAAUUCUCAAACUAUUCUGGAGGGGAUGAGUGGGCUUUUCGAAAAUUGGACGAGAAUAUCGCAGACGUGAUUGGAAUGCAAUCAGCGUUGGGCGCUUACCAACGUCUGAGGCUGAAUGAGAGGUCGAGUGGAGAGUUUAAGCUCCCGGGUUUCGAAAAAUUCUCUGAUGAACAGAUGUUCUUCAUAGCUUACGGUUGGGGAUUUUGCGAGGUCAUUGCUCCAGGAUAUGAGAUGCCCCUGCACAGUGAACACAGUCCGCCGGAAUUCCGAGUGAAUUCUGGUGUUUCUAACGCUCCGGAAUUCGGAAGAGCGUUCAAGUGUCCAUUGGGAAGCCCCAUGAAUCCCGCGGACAAGUGCAGUAUUUGGAUUCAACCUAUCACGCUUCCUGGAUCAUCGUGA